AUGUCGCUCCCGGGACGACGGAGGAUCUCACACGCGCGCGCGCGCGCCACGGGCCAUCGGCCGCCGCAGCCAGCCGGAGGUCUCUCCAGCCUGCACUGGAGCAGUCAAGUAGUUGUGCCCUCUGGUCGGGCACUGCCGGGCGCUCACGGCGUCAGUGGGCGCGCGGCCCCGCCACGCGCGCCAUUGCAUCGCUGCGCCACUGGCCGCGCAACGACCGCGCCGGUUCCGCAUUCGCGCACUCCGCGAGAGGGAGAGAAUCACCGCGGCAAGCGGCGCCUCCCACCAUUCCGGCCUAGUGGGCUCCGAGCGCCGAGCGGCGCUUCCACGGCUGGCACGAUCAAGAUCCCGGUGUUCCUGGGCGGCUCGCAGGGGGCGAGGAUGAAGCCUGCGUCCGCCAGUGGAGCCGCACUGGCGAGCGGGAGCGCUGCCCAGCGGGGGCAGUACGCGCGCUCGCCCCCAAAGAUCUCCCAGAUGGUGAAGGCGGAACCGCACUUGGACAAGCAUGCUGCUGCUGCGGGCUCGCUGGAUCCUCCACCCACCCUCGGAGGCUCACUGCGGGCGAGCCAGACAUCUGCGAGGAGGGGCGCGUCCAUGAGCGACAAGGACGUGGGUCCGUCCGCCGCGUCUUCGAAGGGCGACAGAUCCGCCCCGCUCACUUACAACGGCACGGGCUCUCUGUCGCGGAGCAGUGCGCACUGGGUCUCGCCGUCGCAGAUCCUGUGGAGGUUCCCCGUCGGACAGGGCGCCUCGAAGUUCUACCUGCACGUGUCCCCGACGGCGACGUUGACCCCGACGAAGAACGGGCUGGUGUCGAGCGAGACGCGCAAGCCGUCGUCCAAACGCCUGGGCGCCUCAGGCGCGAGGUCCGGGGCGGCGCCGCUGCCGUGCGUGGUGGAGCUGGAGCCCAAGGGGCUGGCGCAGGGGGAGGUGGUGCACAAGUUCCCGUGGCUGGAGGGCUGCGUGCUGUUCGAGGUGCCGCAGGCGCCCGUGCUGACGGGCGCGAUGGACCGCGUGGUGCGCGCGCAGCUGGCGGUCAGCGUCAUCACGGAGGACGGCGAGCUGGGGUACUUCACGGGCGUGCAGAUCCAGGGGCUGCUCGACGAGCUGUUCUACUACGACGGCGCGCUGGGGGCGCACGUGGACCGGGCGGCGGGGCAGGUGUCGGUGUCGCUGUGGGCGCCGACGGCGCAGUCGGUGGAGCUGCUGCUGUACGACUCGGCCGACCUGGCCGCGCAGGAGCCGACGGUGGUGCCGAUGACGUCGGCGCGGUUCGGGGCGUGGCACGCGCGCGGGGGCGUGGACUGGGACCGCAAGUUCUACCAGUACCGCAUCCGGGCGUACCACCCCGCGACACAGGCGGUGGAGGAGAUGAUCGCCAGCGACCCGUACGCGCGGAGCACCAACUGCGACGGCCUCGCGACGCAGGUGGUGGACGUCGCCGACCACGAUCUGUUCCCCGAGGGCUGGGGCACGGCGCGGCUGCCGCCCGUGGGGCACCCGGUGGACAUCGUCCUGUACGAGCUGCACGUGCGGGACUUCAGCGCGACGGACCCGACGGUGCCGGACAGCCUGCGCGGCAAGUACGGGGCGUUCAAGCUGCACGAGUCGAACGGCGGGCGGCACCUGAGCGAGAUGCGGGCCGCGGGGAUCACCCACGUGCACCUGCUGCCGUCGUACGACUUCGCGACGGUGCCGGAGCGCGAGGCCGACCGCAAGGACCCGGACCUGGAGGAGAUGGCGAAGUUUGAGGCGGCGUCGCAGAUGCCCCAGGCCAUCCUCGCGGAGGUGAAGGACCGCGACAGCUACAACUGGGGGUACGACCCGGUGCACUUCUCGACGCCCGAGGGCUCGUACGCGUCGGACCCGGACGGCCCCGCGCGCAUCCGGGAGUUCCGCGCGAUGGUGGAGGCGCUGCACGCGAAGGGCCUGCGCGUGGUGCUGGACGUGGUGUACAACCACACGUACGAGUCGGGGCCGACGAGCCAGUACUCGGUGCUGGACAAGGUGGUGCCGGGGUACUACCACCGGCGCGACGAGGACGGGCACGUGCUGGCGUCGACGUGCUGCAACAACGUGGCGUGCGAGAACCGGAUGGUGGCGCGGCUGAUCGAGGACGACCUGAUGCACUGGGCGCGCAACUACAAGGUCGACGGGUUCCGGUUCGACAUCAUGGGCCACCUGAUGAAGAAGACGGUGCACGGCGUCGCGCAGCGGCUGCGGGACCUGACCGAGGCGCGCGACGGCGUGGACGGGCGCAACCUGUACCUGUACGGCGAGGGGUGGGACUUCGGGGAGAUGGUGCACAACCGGCGCGGGGUGAACGCGUGCAUGGGCAACCUCGUGGGGACCGGGGUCGGGUCCUUCAACGACCGGCUGCGCGACCAGGCGCUCGGCGGGGGCCCGUUCUCGGACCCGCGCGAGCAGGGGCUGGCCACGGGGCUGCUGUUCUUCGACAACCCGCACACGCAGAAGCACACCACGCGGAGCGACCGCGAGGCGGCGCUGCUGCGGAUGAUGGACGGGAUGAAGUUCUGCCUCGCGGGCUCGCUGCUGCCGUUCGAGGUCACGUCCUCGGCGACUGGCGAGGUGCUGCGCGGGCAGGAAUUCCGGUGUGCGGGGGCGUCCGCGCUGUCGUGCUUCACGGCGUGCCCGCAGGAGACGGUGAACUACAUCAGCUGCCACGACAACCGCACGCUGUUCGACCUGAUCCUGUUCAAGGCCCCGCUGGACCUGGGUCUGGACGUGAAGCUGCGCAUGAUGGCGCUGUGCCAGGCCAUGACGAUCCUCGCGCAGGGCGUGCCGUUCCUGCACGCCGGCGACGAGCUCCUGCGCUCCAAGUCCCUCGACCGCGACAGCUACAACUCGGGGGACUGGUUCAACCGCAUCGACUGGACGGGCAGCACCAACCACUUCCCCAUGGGCCUCCCGCCCUCGGAGAAGAACCGCGGAGAGUGGGCGCUCAUGGGGCCGAUCCUCGCGCGCGAGGGCAUCGCGCCCACCGCGGACCAGAUCCAAACCUUCAAGAACCUGGUGCAGGAGUUCCUGCGCAUCCGCAAGUCGAGCCGGCUGUUCCGACUGCGGACGGCGGAGGAGAUCUGCGCCGCCGUGCGCUUCCACGAGCUUGGCGCUCCGCCGGCGGACGAGGAGGAAAGCGCGCCGGGCGCCGAGGUCGUGCCCGGCGUCAUCGCAAUGGAGAUCUCGUCCGACGCCCUCAACAUCCCCGACGCGCCCGCGCCGCCCAUGACCAGAGCCGACAGCUCGAACAGCCUCGGCACGGACAGCGACGCACCCGAGCGCGUGCCAGCGGCACGGCCGCCUGCGAACUGGGGACCGUUCCGGCGCGUGCUUGUCGUCUUCAAUGUGCGAGACAAGGCGUUCGUCGCCCCGUACCCCAGUCACAUCAUCGGAAUGCGGCUUCAUCCCAUUCAAGAAACUACUGCCGACCCGGUCCUCCGCGCUGCUGCCCCCCAGGCGUGCAACAACGCGUCGCGGCGCAUGAACGUGCCCAGCCAGACAUGUGCGGUCUUCGUUGAACACUGGUGA